AUGGGACUCUUGGCUGAAGACAUGGUGUUCCACUCCAGCAUACCCGUGCCUCUGGAUAUAACUGUGGCUGUAGUCUACUCAAUUUUCGGAGUAUGCUCACUAUUUGGAAAUAGCACACUGCUUUAUAUCUCCUACAAGAAAAAGCACCUGCUGAAGCCUGCGGAGUACUUCAUCGUCAAUCUGGCUGUUAGUGACCUGGGUCUCACGUUGUCCCUUUAUCCCAUGGCCAUAACCUCAAGUUUCUACCACAGGUGGCUGUAUGGGAAAACUUUGUGCUCCUUAUACGCAUUCUGUGGCAUACUGUUUGGCCUCUGCAGUCUGACCACUCUAACCCUGCUAAGCAUGGUGUGCUUUGUGAAAGUGUGCUGUCCGCUUUAUGGAAACAGGUUCAAGCCUUUUCACGGCCAGCUGCUCAUAGCCUGUGCCUGGAUCUAUGCGUUGCUGUUUGCCUGCUCUCCACUGGUCCACUGGGGAGAGUACGGACCAGAGCCUUAUGGAACCGCCUGCUGCAUCGACUGGCGUUUGUCCAAUAAGCUCAGCACGGCCCGCUCGUACACUGUGGCGCUCUUUGUUUUCUGCUACAUCCUCCCAUGCUGCGUAAUUGUUGCGUCCUACACGAGCAUCUUGGUGACUGUGCAGGUGUCCAGGAAGACCAUGGAGCAGCAUGCACCAAGGCAGACGAACAUGAGCAGCAUCCAGACGAUUAUUAUCAAGCUAAGCGUUGCUGUCUGCAUUGGAUUCUUUACAGCAUGGAGUCCAUACGCCAUAGUUUCAAUGUGGGCCGCCUUUGGAGAAAUCGAAAGCAUUCCCCCUCUUGCGUUUGCAAUGCCAGCUAUGUUUGCAAAGUCGUCGACUAUCUACAACCCGAUGAUCUACCUAAUGCUGAGGCCUAAUUUUCGACAAAUCAUGUGCAGGGACCUGGGAAUGCUAUUCCAGAGAUGUCUGAAGGGAUGUCUCGUGUUUAAGGGCCAAGCGAAGUGCUGCCCGAAACCAAACGUCAUGUUCAGACGUCGCACAGCUCACAGACAGACCAACCAGCCGCCCUUAUCCAUCUCCUCUACUCAACCGCCUAUAGUGACUAUGAGGGAUGUCAGGUGUCAGAGGUGCAUGGACAAUUUUGAAUGCUUCAGACAUUACCCUCAAAUGUGUGGGAUUGCUAAUCCAGCCGCCAACACGGACUCUUCAAGAGAUCAAGAAACUCCGGUUUUGCAAACGUUUAGCCAGAUGUCUGAGAGUGAGCAUCCAAAGAAGUCCCUGAUGGCCACCGUAAGGACAUCAGAUACGAACUAUUUCAAUAUCAGUUUGGAGAUGGUUCCCAGGUACACAAAGGAGGCUUGGCCCUGAUAAUAUUUAGAAUGUGUCUGACAUGUUUAGAAGAUGUGGAAAUAUCCAUCCAUUCAACCAGUAAAAGUGAGAGGCUACAUGUGCAAUAUGAAUCUGGAA